AUUUAUUAUUACAAAUCAGUUACUUUAUUUGUAUUAAUCACAUUUAAAAUUUAAAAAUAUAUUUGAAUAGAUGUAUAUGUAUAAACCCCUCACAUCGUGCGGGUUUAACAUCUAGUAAUAUCUUAAAAGCAAAGUAAUACACAUGCAAGAUUUGAUAAAUGUUAGAGAGAAUGUAACAUGAGAGUAUAACAAAAAUUUUCACAUCCUUAUAAAAACUCUUUUCCAAGAUUAAGGACAAAAUAAAGUAGGGUCAUAGUUCAAUAAAAAUACACAUAUCCUUAAUCCAAAUUCCAAACACAAAAAAAAAGUUUAAAAAAAAAUUACUAUUCUCGAUAUUCUAAGUUAUGACCGUCUAUGUCAGAAACAUGGGCCGUAUCAGAUUGUGUGUUGUUUUUAAUUUUUGGGGUGGGGAUUAUGAAUAAUACAUCCUUAAUUUAAUUGCAUGAUGUAUGUAUGUAUAUUUAUAUUGUUUUUUUGUACGAAAAAAUAUACUAACAUAUACUAUUAUAAAUAUUUAAUUACCGACAAUUAACAUUCUGCUAGAUAGUCUGCGUCCGAUCUAUAAAAGGCUUCCCAUCCCAAAUGCUCUUUAGUUCGCACACAACUUGCUAAUAAAAAAAUAGAGUAUAUAGCUUUAGAAUCAAGCAAAAGCAAUACAAAUGGCAUCUCAAAAAGCUCCCAACCUACCCAUUAUAGAUAUCAGUAAGGCCAAAAGGACCUCAGGAACACCUUCAUGGCUUGAAUCAUGUGCGACAAUCCGCCAUGCCCUCGAAGAAUACGGCUGUUUUCUGGCAUUAUAUGAUGAAAUCGCUUCAAAACUCAAGAACGAGGUGUUUGAUUUGGCCAGGGAGUUGUUUGAUCUUCCACUGGAGACGAAGAUAAAAAACACGAGGAACAUGAUCGAUGGUUACAUCGGACAACUUCCUAACGCCCCGCUUCACGAAAGCACUGGUAUUACUGAGGCUACAACGGAUGAAGGAGUCGAAUAUUUCACCAAUCUCAUGUGGCCAACUGGAAAUGACCGAUUCAGAAACGCCAUAUCAUCGUAUGCUAAGCUCGUGGGCGAACUAGAAAACUUGCUAAACAAAAUGGUGUUUGAGAGCUAUGGAGCGGGGAAGUACAUUGAGCAGCAUAUUGAGUCGACAACAUGCGUUCUUCGACUUUUUAGCUAUAAGCCGUUCCAAGAAGGAUUGGAAAAUGGGGAAAUCGGAACUAACAUUCAUACCGACAAGGGCUUCCUAUCUAUCAUUCAUCAGAAAGGAGUGAACGGUUUGAGAGUGCAAACAAGAGAUGGACAAUGGAUCCAUGUUGAUUUCCCUCCAGAUUCAUUUGUUAUUAUGGCAGGAGAUGCUUAUGAGGCAUGGAGUAACGGUCGGAUUUACUCGGCAAAACAUCAAGUGAUAAUGACUGGAGACCAGCCAAGAUACAGUGUGAUUCUGUUUUCAUUCAAAGAAGGGACGGUGGAAAUACCAGAAGAGGUGGUGGAUGAAGAACACCCUUUACAGUAUAAGCCAUUUGAGAACAUGGAAUUACUCCAGUAUUACUACUCUGGAACCCCUUCCGACAUGAGUGGAAGCGCUGCUAAGUCCUUCUGUGGGAUCACUGCUUAAGCACAUUAACAAAUUUAUGAUGAAGAACUCUUUUCUUGAAUAAAGGAUAUGUCCUCAUUACGAAACAAGUAAUUUUCCGUCCGUUUGUGGUGCAUUUGCUUAUAAUCAUGAUCUGGGCAUAUGAAGUUUGUAUUAUUUGGUACCAUAUGAAUAAGAAUUGUGGAUUUUCUUCUGGUGUCAAUAGGUUUUGUUUGUUGUGCAACAAAACUGAUAAGAGAAAUUGAUCAGUAUGUUAUUAAUUGAAACACAGUACACAUUUGGGUUCGUACUGUUUCAGAAGGGGGGAAAUACAACAAAGUGGUCUUUUUUUUUAAAAUGAAAACCAUUGAUUUUUUAGUAAAGGAAUUUAAAACUGAUCUUCUAUCAUUACAUCUCUCAAAAUGAUGGCCAAAUUUUGGUUAAUAAGAAUAAAACACUUUGAUUGAUCAUGCAUAUGAUACACUAAAAUACGGGCUCUGACAACAACAAUAAUGGUGAUUAAUGAAACCAUGGAUUUGGGACCGCAAUUGUUUCUGACGAAGCGUAUUGCUCCUCUGUAAUUCUGAAAACGAGGUUACACUUUUUAGCGUUGGACGUACGAGGGACAGUAAUUUAAAAAUGGAUAGUACCGAAACAAUAAUAAAAAAAAAAACAGGUUUAUAUAUGAUAAUGAUGUUCGUACUUUACGACUGAAUAAUUUCAUCUCAACUCCAUCAGGCAUGGGGGAAAAAAUGUAUAAGUUGCCUUCUGAAAA